AUGGCUUCUUCUUCUCGUCCACUUCCUUCUGAUAUAAUUUUCAAGAUAUUAAGUCGAACAUCAUUGGAAACACUAGACACUUGCAAGGCUGUUAAAAAAGAAUGGCACGAUAUGAUUUUCGAAUCGAGUUUCAUGCCACAAUUUUGUGCUAAUAGUCAAAAUAUCUCAGGAUAUUUUGUCCAGGGUCGGUUCUUUGGCGAGCAGGUAUCAGAAUUUGUAUCAAUGGAUGGUUGUUCAGGGAAUAGUACUACUACAACCCCAUUCCAUCUUCCUCGUCCUGAUGAACUAGUAAAGCUUCCGGCGGCCUUCUUCGUCGACACGAGGAUUGUGGCCUCCACAAUGCAAGGGAUUCUAUGUUGUGUAAUUACAUUGGGGAAUUGGAGGUCUAGAUUUCAUAUCUGUAAGCCUAGCACCAAGCAAUGGGUGAAACUUCCUAGUCCAAAAAUGCGUUAUUUUACCGAAAAAGUUGCUCUCAUUGUGCUGAGAUCAAAACCUCUGCAUUUCAAGAUUAUAAGGUUGUCGUUUCAGGCUCAGCCUUGUCAUUAUAGCAAACUGGGGCUGAUCAGGCACUAUCGAUGUGAGAUUUUUGAUUCUGAAUAUUGGAGGUGGAGGCAAGGAAAAGAUAUAUUGUUGUCAUCCUUCUUUGAGCCAUAUGCUCCAGCAGUGCAUGCAGCUGGUUUGAUUUAUUUCCAACUAUGUCAUGGUCAGGUGAUGGCUCUAAACUAUGAUGGGGAAGAAGUUUUUCCAAGACCCUCUCUUCCAAAUUGUCCCGGUAUUGAUGAUACGUACAAUGAUGGUCACCGGCAUAUUAUGGAGUAUAAGGGGAAGCUUGGGUGCACCUGUUUGUCACCCAAUGGGAUAAUGCUUUGGGUUUUCGAUAAUGGAAGACGAGAUUGGGAGUUGAUCAUUAAGGAAGUAGACAUUGAGAUUAUAAAGGGCGAGGCAAAAUAUGCAAUCCCGCAUGGGUUUUAUAAUGCAGAUAUUGUUUUGAUGGCAGAGGACAAUAGAGUUUUCUUCUACAAGCUUCAAGACAAGAGCUUUAACUUAGUUACACUGAAGAAAUGCCAUGGUUUUCUAGAAUUCUUCCCUUUCCGAUCAGAUUUAGAGCCAAUGGAUAUAAGGAUGCCAGGAGCCAACAUAGUUUCCUCCACCAAGCACCGCUAUCGUCCCUCUUGGAUUUCUUGCAGUAUAAAUAUGAGUCUUUAA